AUGGCAGUCGUAGCCUCAGAGCCCCGGACGCUAGAGCGUCUCUGCUCGUCCAAAUUUGCCAAACAGCUCAAGCGCGCCUCGUCCCUGCUGGGCUCGGGCGACCUGUGGCAAAUGCUCGCUGACGCGGAGGAGGCGAAGGCUACCACCCCCGCCGCUCAAGGUGGUGACGGCGCGGGUUUCGCGAGACGGCCAUGGAAAGUGAGCAGCCGCGUCGUCGCGCGCAUCGAGGCGUCGCUGUCGCGCUUCACGUGGCGGAAGCCGCCGCCGUCACCCACCGUCCCGAGCAAACCGCCCAGGUCGCCGAUAACCGCCAGUGUCACCGCCGAUCCGCCGGCAUUGUCGCCGAAAUCACCCAAUCUCGCGUCGAGGAGGUUCAAGCAGCGCGGCGCCGCGGAGUCGCAAAUUCAGUUCCGCGUCUCCCCGUUGCCGCUCGCCUCCGUGGCCGGUGUUUCUGCGGAACGUGAUCUCGUCGCCGCCCGCACGCGCAAUGCGGCCAAGACCACGCGGGAGGAGCCCGUCGGUCGCGUGGCGACUGCCGUUCGGCGCGGCCGAGCGAGCUUGAGCAUGGAUGAUGGGCAGUUUAGGGCAUGGCAGCAGCAGCACGCUGCAGCGACGGCGUCAGACGACGUUGACGGAGGCAGCCUUCACAGAAAUGACGUUAACGUAAACUCCAUGGCGUGGAAGGCAGAGUCGGAGAAUCUGCAUUUGGGGAAUUCAGUUCGUGCUGACGUGGCAGAUGGGUCUUCCGCGGGAGGAGCGCAUUCGAGCAGGCGGUGCACCCAGAGCGGACCGCUGCGGCGGCAAAGCGACGGGCCAUGGUACGAGCGCAUGGAGCACGUGGGCGCCUCUGCCAGGAUCACCGCUCCUGAUGGUUCUUCUGCCCAUGGUGUGAGGAUGGUGCCGCUGCGGGAAGAAUGUGGCAGCCCAGGAUCAGUCCAGUGGCGCAUAGGGAAUGUGGGCAGGUGGAGUGACAGGCUGCUCUGA